GAAAUUUAAUAAACUUCGAAAAAAGAAAAUUUUGUUUACUAGGCUGACUUGCUUUUAUUGACUUGCCUUUGCUUUCCUUCUUCAUUUAAAUGCUGUAGGAUUAUUUUCCACUUUGCUUUGCUUUGCUCUGCUCUUCGUUCUUCAUUUUGAAUGCGGUAGGAGUAUGCAGCAAAUGUUAUGAGACCUCGUGAUUAGAUUAAUUGUGUACUAGUGCAAUUAAUUAAACAUCUUUUAACUGCAAACCAAACUCUUUCUCGACGCCAUAAUCAUCAAACUAUCCAAGUUCAUCAACUACAUGCAGUUCUCGAGCGCAAAUUCUGUUUAUUUGGCUUCAGGGCUGAUCUUCGUCCUGAAAUUUUUCCCAUUCCUCUCAUUUGCUAAUCCUCAAUUUCACGAAGCUGGCCUGAUUUGUGGCCAGAAUAUAGCACCGAUAAACACCAGCUACAACAUUCCCCGUUCUUCUGAAGUGGUGGAAGAGAUAGAAUCUGAAGUGAUGGGCGAGAUAGAAUCUCUUGUGAUUAAAAACGGCUGGGGUCUUUAUGCAGGGAACAAGACAAAUAUAUCCUUCUAUGCCUUAGCCCAAUGUUACCAAGAUCUUGCUCCGGUUGAUUGCUAUUUUUGCUACCUAACGAGUCGAGGUAUUAGACAUGAAGCUUGCGGCCGUGCAGCAUCAGGUCGAGUUUAUAUGGACGGAUGUUUCCUGCGUUUUGACAACUACAACUUCUUUGAUGAAAGCGUUGAUACAACAAAAGGUAUAUCAAAUUGCAGCAGCCGAUCAGCUGGUGUUCUGAGUGUCGAAGAUGUAGAGAAUUUUGGAAAGAAUGUUGUAAAGUUGAUUGAUAAAGUAACUUCAGUUGCUUUGAAGAAUGGAGGGUUUGCUGUAAAGGGGUUGAAUGGAGUGUUUGGCUUGGCGCAGUGUUGGAAGACUUUAAGCGAACAAGGGUGUAAAGAAUGUUUAACAAAGGCAAGUCGAAAUGCUAUAGGGUGUUUGCCUAGCCGGGAAGGCCGUGGGAUGGAUGCUGGCUGUUAUUUGAGGUAUUCGACUGUGAAAUUCUAUAAUGACCCGCCUAAGACUAUUGCAGGACCCUCAACAUGGGGAAAAAGAGUGGCUAUAGGCUCGUCUGUUGUGGCCUUCUCUAUGCUCUCUCUUUUCGCUGCCUAUGCAUUCUACGCAAGAUUCAAAAAAUCCAUUCAAGAACAGAGAAAAUUAGCCCGAAUUUCACAUGCAUACAACAAGUCAUAUUUGUACUUCAAAUAUGAAAUCUUAGAGAAGGCAACAAACUAUUUCGAUCCCAGAAUGAAAAUAGGCCAAGGAGGAGCUGGUUCCGUAUAUAUAGGAACUCUUCCGGAUGGAAAAGUAAUUGCUGUAAAGAGGUUGUUCUUUAGUACCAGUCGAUGGGUUGAAGAGUUCUUCAAUGAGGUGGAUCUGAUCAAUGGAAUUCAGCACAAAAACCUCGUCAAGUUUUUGGGUUGUAGCAUUGAAGGUCCUGAGAGCUUGCUGGUUUACGAGUUUGUGCCCAACAAGAGCCUCGAUCACUACCUCUUUGAUGAAAACAGAAUUAAGAUUCUAAGUUGGAAGGAGCGAUUCCAAAUUAUAAUUGGAACAGCCGAAGGGAUAGCUUUUCUUCAUGGAGGAGCCGGGAUCAGAAUUGUCCACAGGGACAUAAAAAGCAGCAACGUGCUUCUUGAUGAGGAUUUUUCUCCUAAAGUUGCAGAUUUUGGAUUGGCUCGGCAUUUUGCCGAGGACAGAACUCACCUUAGCACUGAACUUGCAGGGACUUUAGGAUACAUGGCUCCUGAAUACCUUGUCAAAGGACAGCUCACGGAGAAGGCUGAUGUAUACAGUUUCGGCAUCUUGGUUCUUGAGAUCGUCUGUGGUAGAAAGCAUAAUUAUGCUUCCAAGGACGACUCUGGCUCACUUCUGCAAACGGUUUGGACGUUUUACCAAACGGAUAAACUCGAGGAAUUAGUCGAUCCUUGUUUGAAAGGGAAUUUUCCAGCGCUAGAGGCAUGGAAUGUGCUUAAAAUUGGGCUUUUGUGCGGUCAAGCUUCUGCUACUUCAAGACCAUCUAUGGUUGAAGUCGUUCAAAUGGUUACAGUUCCUAAUUGUGCCAUUCCUGAACCAAAUCAACCGCCAUUUCUAAAUUCUAACAGCAGUUUUCCGGCAGCCAAUCCCAGCAGGUCCUGAAGCUUUGAAGUUCUUCCCUUGCUUAGUUAUGUUGUUAAUGUUCAAAUUUCUGGGAUGUCAAAUGGGCUUUGUGAGUUCAGCAGACUCAGACAACGUCCAUUCUAAACAGGGACGUAAAAUCAAGCCAUGUGCUACAAGAAGAGAAAAGAAUUUUCACCUCAACGACAUUCGUCCAUUUUGAAUCCAAGCUGUUUUAGCCGAAAGCUUAGCCCACUAAAACUCCCAUAUGAAACGUGUGAAAACAACAAAAGCAAACGAAGACAUGCACAGCCACAGCACAGCCAGUGGAGUCAAAUCUAUAUAUGAAGCAUGUACAACAAAAGCACGGAGAACAGAGGGGAAGUCACCUUCAUAGUCCUUGACGUUUCAGAAUCCUUAGAAAGUCACUGGUUUAAUUACAUCGUAGGCAGGAACCUGUCGGUGCAAAGGGAACAGCACAUCUUUUUUUUACGGUACGUAAAUUUGAUAUGUACUGAUGAUGGAUUCGUGUGAACUAGAGCCCUUGUAAAAACAAAAAUUUGUGACAUAGAGCCAAGUCGAUUAAAUUUGUGACAUGGCCGGGGGAGUGGAGGUAUUAAAAUAGGUGAUUCUGAUAGAUUUGAGCCGAUUAAUACAAAUCACACUUCUGUUACUAA